UCGAUGUCUGAUAAGCCACCCGGCCCGCGUUUCCUUUUUCCCAACCUGUUUUUUGGAGAGGGCCGGGAGAGUGGUGGACUGCGGUAGCCACAAGGAGAAAACAGAGCUAGCAAGCCCCGAUUGGGUUGCUAAUAAUUGCAGUCCUGGUUGAUCACUGGAGGUCCUUUUGAAGCAGAAACAAAGCCCAACCCCCAAAAUGAAAUGAUGGAGUUAUUUAGGCAGGGUAGGUGAUGAAGGCGAUGAUGAUGGGUGGGAGGGCAUGGACUACUGACCAUGCUGAAGAUCCCGCAGACAGGAGAACCUAAUCUAACUGCGGAUCUUGUUCCGUCCUUCCAAGAGACGCCACUUUGAUUGCAUUGAAGUUGCUGUCUUCCGGUCUGGGAGAAAAAAAUUAAUCGACAAAGGCAGAAGGAGGGAGUAGCGUCGCAGAAGAGAAAAAAAAGAGCAAAAUUUGCACUGAAGGUGGUAGUUACUCGACACUUGUAUAAACGAUUGAGGAAAGGGAAGGGGAAAAACACGAAGUCCAAGCGCUCGCUCCACAAAGAGAGAGAGAGAGAGAGUAAUGGAGGUGUUGAGUGAGUGGAUCUACAGUAGGAGAGUGACAGAGCUUCCUCAGGGGGUGUGGAGUGAAAAGUACUGUAGCCCCCUUCAUCAGCUUUCAUGGUAAGAAGGCAUCCAGAGCUAGCAGUACUGCUCCUGUCCCUGCUUUUGAAUUUAAUUUAAUUCGGGUAUCUUAUUAUUUUUCCAUCGCACUCGUUGCCGUCUUCUUCUGUGCUUUUUUCCUCCUUUUUUGAUAUUAUAAUUAGCAGUACUAUUUCUCAAAACUUUGUCUCCAUUCCUCAGUCCCAGUUCCUCUUCCCCCUCCCCCCAAAACUUCUCUCUUUCUGUGUCACUUUCUUUUGCGACUUUUUUUUCUCAUGCCUUUUCCUCCUUUCAUCCUUUUUUUUCUUUGCCUACCCUCUUGUUUAACAGCUAGCCAGUCUCUUUCUAUUGCCCAGAAGACACACUCUCUUUCUUUUGGUCGUUAAGUGUUCAAGUUAGCUAGAGAUCGAGAGGAGGUGGAGGUGGAGGGGAGCCAUGGACGCCUACGAAGCUACGCGAAUCGUGUUCACGAGGAUCCAAUGCUUGGAUCCUGAAAAUGCACCCAAAAUCAUGGGGCUUCUGUUGAUUCAGGACCACGGCGAGAAAGAAAUGAUUCGUCUGGCCUUCGGACCGGAGUCUCUCGUCCAAUCCACGGUUUUAAAGGCCAAAAGGGAGCUUGGGUUGCUCGGAUCGCCAACCUCAACAACGAGAAGCCCUCCUCCCUACUUUUCCAGACAAAAUUCUGGUAUCCGCUUCUCCCCCUCGUCACCAUUAUCAUCCGCUUCCUCCACCUCCUCGUCCUCCUCAUCGUCGUCGUCGUCGUCGUCAUCUUCUUCUGCUCCUGCUUCUGCUGCUGCUCCAGCUUCCUGGACAUCUGCGGUUCUUCAUCAUCAUCAGCCUUUCUUCAGGGCCAAUGUUGCUGAUGAUGCACAACAUCGUGAUGAGACGGUAAGCGCUCCUGCAAAUUCCUUCAACAUCGGUGGCAGCUUAGACCACCCAUGUGCUUCUCCUUCACUUCAUCUUCAAGACAGCGGUAGCCGCAAUGGUUUCUAUGGAGGCGACAUGGUGGACGAUUUUCAGUUAAUCCAGGAUCAGCUUUCUUUCCUCAAUGACCACACAUUGCCCCCUUCAUCUUCCGCCACCGCCACAGCUUCCUCCUCUUCCUCGCUGUCAUCGUCAUCUUCUUUGCCGGCGUCUUCUGCUUGUGCAAAUCCUAAUCCCAAUUCUCUGUGCGUAAGUCCCAGGGAUGACUACAGCACCAGCGGUAUCUACGGUGACAUCCUCGAUUGCAUGAACAACAGUAACGAUGAAAGAGUCUUCUUCCCUUACGCAAGCUGGGCAGCGGCUAAUAGCACCAACAAUACUAUUGCUGCUCCUGGCGUGGAUCAUCAUCAUAGGAGGAGCUGUUCUUUGGCGGAUCUAUGCUUAUCACCAAUAUCAGAAAUGGGAUCUAGUUUUCCUUGGAAGCCGUGUAUGUACUAUGCAAGGGGAUACUGUAAAAAUGGGAGCAAUUGCAGGUUCUUGCAUGGGUUCCUAGAUAAUGGAAUGGCCGGCUGUGUCAGUCCUACCGCUGCCGGUAGCAACCGAGCAGAGAUGACUAUAGUUGAUCCAACAAGCGCCAUGGCCGGAGGAGGAGGAGGAGGAGGAAAGAUAUCAGAGCAGGCGCCGGAACAGUGUGCAUCGGAUCUGUUGAGACCCAAAACUCAAAGGUCGGUUAGUCUGUCCCAGCAGCUUGUGCCACCUCCUCUUACAUACGGAAAAUGCAGCACGACCCACCCCUUCCCCAUUGAUGGCUAUCAUCUACCUGCUGAUAACCUAAGAUCCAGCAGGAUGGAGAGGAACGAUUUCGGCAAUCCCGGUUCGAGGCAAAUCUAUCUUACUUUUCCGGCGGAUAGCACUUUCAGAGAAGAAGAUGUGUCCAAUUACUUCAGCAUUUACGGGCCUGUACAGGACGUGAGGAUCCCAUACCAGCAGAAACGCAUGUUUGGGUUCGUCACGUUCGUGUACCCGGAGACGGUGAAGAUCAUCCUGGCGAAAGGAAAUCCACAUUACGUGUGUGAUGCUCGUGUGCUCGUGAAGCCCUACAAGGAAAAGGGCAAAAUUGCAGAAAAAAAGCACGGAGAGAGAGGAGAGUUUUCUGGGUGUCCCUCUCCCACCAGCCUCGAUUCUAGGGAUGCCUACGAACUGCAGCUAGGAGGAAGGAUUUUUUAUAACUCUCACGAAGCGUUCAGAAGAAAGCUGGAAGAACAAGCAGAGUUGCAGCAAGCCAUCGAACUGGAAAGCAAAAGAUUGAUGGGCUUUCAGCUAGCCGAUGCGAGAAAGCGACCACUGGCAGGACAUGGCACGGGAUUCAGCCAAUGCAAUCAUCUCUCCUCCUCCCCCUCCUCAUCAUCCGACCCUCUGCGUAGUCCCGACGUCGCUCCUUCGGAAGAUUACUGUCCAAUUAGUCCCGCCGCACUUCCCUCCGAAGUACAGCAGGCUGCUCGGAGCUGCCAACAGCUUCCUGCUGUUGCCUGCACCGAUAAGGAAUCCACUACUACCUCCGAGGGGAUUACUUGUGGCAAGGAAGAAGACAGUCUCCAGGACAGUUUGGAGCACAACCUGCCUGACAGCCCCUUUGCGUCACCAACCAAGCAUGCGGCGGCCUCUGCCAACUCCAUGUUCUCGCUCGAUAGACUCCCCUUUAAUGGAUUCUCCAAUAAUUUGAGCUCCUCCCCCUUGUUGCCGGCGACUUCCACAUUGGACGUGGCUUCCAUAAGAUCGUGCUUCUUCCAGAUGCCCAGGUUUGCUUCGGAUCGCGGAGCAAUCGGAAUGUAAGCGACAUUUUUAAGUUAAUGUGAACGCCUCUGGGAUCAGCUCCAUAGUAGAGCAGGUAACUCCCAGGCUCAACGGUCGAUAUUAAGAGCAUAGGGAAUCCAAGGAGGAUCGUGAAUCUCUCUUUUUCUAUACAGCCACACCUACAUCCGAUACAUAGAAAUGCUUCUUACAUACGAGCCGCUGAUUGGACAGAAACAGCAGGCCUUUUUCUCUCUCUCUCUCUCUCUCUCUCUCUCGCGUUCUCUAAACUAAACGGGAGUGUAAUAACUUAGGACCUUGUAAUUGUAAUUGCCCUUUUACUUUCA